CUUCUAUUCUAAUCUCGCUGUCCACUAACACAAUUAUCAAUUGCACGCUUAAAAAUAAUUUAUUGAUCUGUUAAGUAAUAAGAAACAAAAGUUUUAUUUUUUUUCUGGACAUUUAUAAGCUCUUACAUCUGUAAUUAUAUUUUAUAAUUAUCUGAAUGGUCGUAUAAGAAACAAGAUCAUCAUGAGCGCUUUUACUUUGGUAAUAUUAGGCCUAUUAAUGACGACAUGUCACAGCCAAUAUCAGCAGCCACAACUUGGAUCAAAUAACUACGAAGAUUACGACAAUAGAAGACAAGAAGAGCCUCCUCAGCGAAAUUACGCCAAUGCCCCGGCACCACGAGAAGGAAAAGCAAUAGCAGCGAAACCAACUCCCCCAGUCGCAAUUCUGAAGCAAAUAAACCGGCACAAUGAGGAUGGCUCUUACACUUACGGGUUCGAAGGAGCCGACGGUUCCUUUAAAAUCGAAACAAAGCUUGCUAACGGAGAAGUUAAGGGCAAAUACGGUUUCGUCGACGACACGGGCAAAGUCCGCGUAGUUGAAUACGGUGCCAACCAAUACGGAUUCCAACCCUCUGGAGAAGGCAUCACUGUCGCCCCACCGACGUUGGUUGAUGAUACCACAGACAAAAACCAACAGCCGAUAGAUUAUGACUACCCCCAAGGACCAGCGAACUUCAAGCAGCAAGAAGUACAAAGGCCAGCACCUCCCCCACCACCCCAACAACCCAGACCACAACGGCCACAAUAUCAACCCCCUCAAGAAUACGCUGCCCAGCCAAAGACUCCGAUAUUCACCCCAGCAGCACAAUCUCAGUUUUCUCAGCAGUUCGAUUAUGAAGAACGGCCUCCUGUUUCUCAGGCGCUCAAUCAAGGACCUGUUCAGUUCAACCCUGCUCCUGCUCGGGAGGCCCAACCCUCUAGUCUGGCUCGUAACGUUCAACGCGCGGCACACAAUGCGGGGGUUCUCGACCAAUUAGCUAGGGAGUAUGCUCUUCCUCAGGACGCUGCUGCGCCGUUACACGACAUUAGUUUUGGAUAUUAUAAAUAAUUAUUUUAUUAUAUAUUGUUUAUGCAAAUGUAUGAGUUUGAUGAUGUUAGAAAAAAUAAAUAAAAUACAGGGUA